AUGAAGGGUAAAACUUUUAAACCUGGUGAGCCAUACACUCAUCGUCUGAAUAAAAUUCUUGAUGAAUAUCCGGAUGGUUCUCAAAUCCUCCGGGAAAUUCUUCAAAAUUCUGAUGACUCUAAAAGCCGCUCACAAACAUUUUUACUGGAUCACAAUACUUAUCCAACUAAUAAAUUAAUCGAGCCUAUAUUGGAUGGAUAUAGUAAAAGUAACCUGAAAUUAGAUAGAUAUCAAGGUCCUGCACUUUUGUCAAGAAAUGAUGCCGUUUUUGAAGAACGUGAUUUUGAAUCGCUAUUGAGAUUGGCUAAUAGUGAAAAGCGUGAUCAAUUUGAUAAAAUAGGAGAUGCUGAGGAUUCUGAAAUUUCCAAGAAUAAAUACAAUCCAACUAAAAUAUUAAAUAUGUUUGACAAGUUUUAUGAAAAUGAAAGCAUCAAUUGUCUUCUUUUCUUGAAAUCUGUUGAAAGUAUCAAGUUUUUUGAGCUAAAAGAAAAUGAGUCCGUUCCAAAGUUGCUCUAUUCAAUAGAGAUUGUAAAUGCAAAACAAAUACGCAAGAAACGCGGUUUGAUUGCUGAAAGAAUUGUUUCUUUGAUGAAGGAACUUGGUAAAAAAAAACUUUCUGGUGAUACUAAAUUGGAAUCUGUGUUUACUGUGACUUUUCGUCAACAAAAAAGUGAUAAAACACCACGAGAAAGUCAUUGGAUUAUAUUUUGUUGGCUUGGCGAUUUAAAUGUUGCUGCUAAUUAUUUUCAUGAAACCUUUAAAAGGAAAAUAAUUGAUUAUAAACUUAUUCCAAAUGUUGGAAUUGCAGUUCAACUUAAUAACCCUGAAGCUAUUGGAAGAUUAUUUUGCUUUCUUCCUCUUCCAAUACUAAUGCCUUUUCGCGUAUCUGUACAUGGUCAUUUUGCUGUCAGCACAAAUCGACGUUCGUUAUGGUCUGCUACAGAUGGCGAAGAUUUGGCUGAAGGUACAUUAGCCAAGCUCAAAGUUUCAUGGAACCAAUACCUUUUUAAUGUUAUUCUCCCACAGGCAUGGGCAAAGUUUUUAGUCCAUCUUCCUAACGAAGCACCCGACAUCAAUGCAGAAGAGUUCUAUAGUUUUUGGCCAAUCAUUAAAGAAUCUGGUUCCGGAGGUUUUGUUAACAAUCAAACAAAAAAUAUUUUGCUAAAUACGAUUGAAAACUUCACUAUUUCUGAUAAAGUUUUCUGUGGUCCUCCAAGAUCUUGCACGCUUGGAAACAUGUCUGGUAUAUUACCAUCGUGUCAAAAGGUUUUCAUGUCCCGUGAGACUGCGUUUCAUUUAUUCUCAAUCGAAAAUAGUUUCCUACCGGAUGAAUCGGCUUCUCCUGAUAUUUCAAAGAUUAUUGAAAGCAUAGGAUUCCCUAUAAUUAAUAUUGAUCCUAAAGUAUACGACGAGUUGAAAAAAUCUUGUCAUAAAAAUUCUUUAAAUAUUUGCUCUCCACAUGCCGUUAGAAUGUAUCUUCUUCAAAAUAAAUCAAAAUGGGAAAACAAAAAAAGAGAAGAUGUUAUAGCAUUAUUUGAAUAUGUACUUAGUGACAAAGAUUAUGCUAAAUUAGAUGGUCUUAAAAUGAUUCCAUUAUCUGAUGAAACCUUUGGGACUAUUUCACACCUGAAAAAAUAUUUUGGAUUUAAACCAACAUCAAAAGACUUUAUUGCUUAUAUUGGUCCUGACAAAAAUAAUUCGAUUGACAAUAAUGAUGAGAGAAAGAUUUUUGCAAAUAGUUUAAACAAAUUUAUUGAUAAAAACAUUCCUUCAAAGUUAUGGAAUCUAUUAUACGAAGGUGCCCAAGAAGGAUGGGAUCUCAAUAUUAAAAUCCUUGAUCCAUCCGUAGUAGCAAACAUGAUCACAAAAGAGUUGAACGGAUAUUCAGUUGGAUGUAAUGAGAUUCCAUUGUGUGAUUCGUGUGAUUGGAUUUAUAAGAUCUGGGCGAAUCUUAAAGAAAGGGAUUAUGAUCUGACAGAAUUUGAAGAUAUUCAUUUACUACCUACUAAUAGUGGUAAUCUUAGAAAAUUAAAAACUAAUCAGAAAUGUUUUUGGAACAGUGUUAAUAAUAAACUUAACAAUGAUGUGCAACCUCUUAUUGAGAGGUUUGGUAUCGUUUUUGUUGAUAAACAAUUCGAGAAACUUGUUACUUAUGACCGAUCAAAGUACUGUUUUAUAGUUAAUACCUUUCCAAAAAAUGUUCAGAUAAAAUUGCAACCUCAAGAAGCAGAAAUAAUAGCUAAUUAUUUGCGUUGUUUAUCUCCUGAUACUCCUACCAACUAUGUUGUCAAGCAUCUUCCAAUUUUUUCUGAAGUUGGUAAAGAUGCGCUUAUUGCACUUGAACCCAGUAAUAGAAAUUGGUAUUUGCUUCCAUGUGAAGACGAGAAAAGUUAUGGUCAAAUAAUUGCGCCAAAUACAGAAGGAUUUAUUGAUGCAACAACACACAACAAAAGAUUUCUUUUAGAAAAUAUCAUAAAAGUUAAACGAUUAUCACAACAAGAGUAUUGGACUAAAUUUGUGAUUCCAUAUCUGGGAAGUCAAACACUGGAAACCAUUGAAAUCGUUAUAAUAAGACUUUUUGAACGAUUACAACUUCUAUCAGAGAAUCAACAUCUAAAAUAUGAUUUAGGAAAUAUAGAGUUUAUACCAGCAACCACGAUUCUUAAUGUACAUAAAAAAGAAAUUCAAAAUGCUGAUGUUAAAUUAAAGAAACCUACCGAUUUAUUUGAUCCUGAUAAUUAUUCCGCUUCAGAAUUAUUUUUUGAUGAUGAGUAUUUGUUUCCUGCUAAAAAUUUCUCUGAAAAGUUUCGUGACAACUUUUUGAUAUCAUUAAAAACGUUGGGGAUGAAACCAUAUCUUUCUUCCACUGAUAUUAUUCAACGAAUCAAUAUAUUUGCAAAACGAAAGGAUAAUGAAACUAAUAUUGUACAUCAAAAAUCCCUGAAGUUAGUUAAAUAUAUUGAUAGAAAUUAUGAUAAACUUUUGGGAACUAAUCAACGAUUACAAGCACGUUACGCACCUAUAAUUUAUAAUGAACUUACAUUAGUAUUGCAGACCAAAGAAUGGAUUCCAACGGUUGAUUCCACUGGCAAGAAAAAAUUUUCAAGGGCAAGUGAUUGCAGAAGUAUAAUGCAUAAAAAUUUGGUUGGACUAGUAAUGCCAAUUAUAGAUUAUACUUUUGAUAACAGGUCUUUUAUUAAAAAUUUGAAAUGGGAGUCUCGUCCACCUGUUGAUGCUAUUAUAGCGCAACUUAAUGCCUGUUUAUCCAUGAAAACAAUAAAUGAGAAUACUUUCAAAAUAUGUGAAGAAGUAUAUAAAUAUAUGAAUGAUGAGAUGUAUAAUAAUUCCAACUUGGUAAUAUUUAAAGAAAAACUUAAAGAUAAAAAAUGGAUCUUUUGCAAUGACAAAUUUUAUUCAUCGCAUAGGGUCGUGAUGAAACUUGAUAAAAAUUUGGAUAGUAAAGCAUCACUAAUUGUCGAACUUCCCUAUGCAUUUAGGUCAUGCAAGGAAUUAUUUAAAGAGAUGGGUGUUAGACAAAAAAUAGAUAUUCCUGACUUAAUAAGCAUCAUAAAAGAGUUUCAUUCUACUGACUCUAACACUACAAAGACAUUAUCUAAUGAAGAAUUACACAAGGUCGUAUCGGUUAUUGAACUAAUUGUAAAUAGAAUUAAUGAACAAAGAACUAAUGAACAAAGUGACUCUUGUGAAAAUUUAAAAGAUUUGCUUGUACCAAGUACAGAUUGUCUAUUAGUGAAUUUACAUGAUAUUUAUUAUGAUGAUAUGAAAACAAGGUUAGAUGAUGAUGAGAAAAAUGAAUUAAAAAUAGUUCAUUCGUUAAUAGCUUAUUCUGUUGCAAAAACUCUUGGGAUUAAAAUGCUUGCUGGAAAAUUUAUUGAUUCUAAUAAAUGGUUUAAUUUUCUUAACAUAACUUCCGACAAACAAAAUUCAUUGUUAUCCGAUGAAAUGGAUCAAUGGCAAGGACCGGCUUUAUGGAUAUAUAAUGAUUCAGAAUUUUCUCAACAUGAUUUCGAAUCCUUAAAAAAACUUGGCAUGGGAGGAAAGAGGGAUGAUAAAACGAAAAUAGGAAGAUUUGGAAUUGGUUUCAAUUGUGCAUAUCAUUUGACCGAUUUCCCAAGUUUUGUUAGUGGGGAACAUAUAGUUUUUUUUGAUCCGUUAGAAAAAUUUUUGCCGAAAACUGGAAAUCCACCUCGCAGUCCUCGUGGAACAAAAAUUAAUUUCAUUGAAAAAGAUUUCAGAAAACGAUUUGAGGACCAAGCAUUACCAUAUCUUGGAAUUUUUGAUUGUGAACUUAAAGAGAAAUUUAAGGGAACCUUAUUUAGAUUACCUCUACGAACAUCGAUAAGCGAAUUAUCCAAUCAAGUAAUAAAACCAAAAGAUCUCAGAAGCAGAAUUUUUGAAAAUAUACAAGGAAAUCGUGAGAUGUUAUUUUUAAGAAAUAUUGAACAAUGUAGUUUAUUCCAAAUGAAUUUAAUAGGUAAUAUGGAGUUAAUUUGGGAGACAAAAAUUCAGAAUAUGAAUGAUGAAAUUCGUGGACUUCGUAUUUCUCAUUCAUGGGAGGCAAGACUAUAUCAACUCGAAAUGGAAAUGUAUUGUAGGCAAAGUAGAUUUUAUAAAAAUGGUAAAUAUUCAGAGAUGUGGCUAAUCUGUUCGGGUGGUAGUAAUUUGGUAGACAAAUCCAGAUUUAGAGAGAUUUCUAAAGAGAUUAACCUUUCAGUAAGUGGUGUUGCCGCAUUAUUGUCUGUAGGAGACGGUAAAUCAUUAGAAGAACUUAAAGCUGAAAAGGUUUAUUCGUAUCUUUCACUUCCUAUGCUCACAUCUCUUGGAGUUCACAUCAAUGGAACAUUUUGUCUAUCCAGUGACCGAAAGAAUGUUCUACAAGAUAAUAAUGAUCUCUUAACGGCUGAAACAAAGGAAGGAGAGUGGAAUAGAUAUAUUUUGUUAGAUGUAUUACCUCCACUACAUUCCAAACUUUUGGAUCACAUAGCUAACCAUUUGAUGUCACCAUUUAAUGAUGAAAUGUUUUCGCAAUUAUGGCCAAUAAAGUUUUCAACUACAGAUAUAUACAGAGAAUAUGGUUUAAAUGUACUCCGAGGAUUAUAUCUUAAAAGAUAUAAAGUUUUUUGGACUGAAGCGAAUGGAGGUGCACUGACCUCAUUAGAUAAGGCAUAUUUUGUGAAUUCAAAUGAUUCAACUAUUGCAGAUAUUUUUAUCACUCGCGGAAAAGAGAUCGUCAAAUUAUCUCAGGAUCAAAUGAGUCAUCUUAAUCAAAUGUUUAAAAAAAUGGAAUUCUCAUCUAUAAAUUUGAUCACUCCAAAUUUGGUUUCUCAUUGGCUUCGAAACGAUCCAAAUAUUCUGGACACUGCAGGAGAAAAGUUGCAUGAAAUAGCGUUUCGGUUGUUGAACUUUAUUAUUCAAGCCAAAGAUUAUAAACAACUAGUUGGCUUGCAAUUACUACCGCUUUGUGAUAAAUCUUUAGGGACCUUUUGUUCACAAACAUAUUACAUUGCGGAACUUGAGAUACGGAAGUUAUUUCCUAAAGCACAGUCACAGUUUGUUGCUGAUCCACCUUUUGAUUUUCAACGGAUUUUUAAAGAUGAGAAUUUUCGUAAUAUGCUUCAAGUUAAAGAUUUAGCGUCAGAUAUAAAUUCCAUUAUCGAUUUACUAGAAUAUGUUCUACCACGUGAUAAAGAAAUCGAAUGGGAUCCUAAUGGAGUUCAGUAUCCAAAUGCCAAUUGGAUUUCUGAAAUAUUGAAACUAUUAUCCCCAGAGCAAGAUAUAAUGUCGACAUAUGAAUUUAAUAGAUUGGCAAGAUUUCCAAUAUUGUCAACAUGCAGACCUCAUCACAAACUCGUUUUACCAAACUUGUCACAUCCUUUGUUGAUAUAUAAUUCAUAUCAUCAAAUGGUGCCAAUACUUGCAAAGUUUGGUGUUAGAUUUACAUCCAUGAAAUUGCCAAAUCACUGUAAUCCAUAUAUUAAAGGAUGCAUCGAGCAACCAACUGCAGUGAAUAUGAUUAAAUCUCUUGAAAGAGCUAUUGGAAUACCACCAGUACCUUUGAAACGACUAUUUUCUGAAAAACUUGAUCAAGAUGAGUUUGAAAAGUUUAGAUCAUUUAUUAAAAGUGAAUUUAUUAAUAUUCAACAUGAUAAAUCAAUUAAAUUUUUAAAAACCUUACCAAUAUGGCCUACUCAGUCACGUAGUACUUGUAUAUCUGCUCAAGAGGGAAUCAUACCUCCACAAGAUAUUCCUUUUUUCUCUAUUAGAGAAGAAACAAAUAUUUUUCUCAUAGAAUCUGAAUUAGACUUUAACGUGCUAUUUAAGCUAGGUGCUAAAUACAUAACACCGUUAGAAUAUGUUAAAGAGCAUCUGAAACCACAAAACGUAACAUUGGAUCAACAAUAUAUUGAUUUUUUAAAAACGGUUCUUUCUUUAGAAAAAAGAGAAAUUGAAAAUUAUUUAAUGCCGCUUAAAAUAAUUCCAAAUUAUCAUCUCACAGAACUUGUCAGAGGGGAUACUUUAUAUGAUAUAAAUGAAUCUCUUUUUCGUAGAAUUUUUUGGAAUACUAAUAAACUUUUACAUCCUGCUUUACAAGUAAAUGCUAGAUGUUUAAGUGUUCUAAAAAGAAUGGGAUUAAAACAUCAAGUCAAUUCUCUAACAUUUCUGGAAUGUGUACGUGAAAUUGAUUCAAAAAUUAAAAUGUUUCAAUCGCGACAAUUAAAUGAUCAAAUUAAUUUAGUAAAAUCAGAUGCAAAAUUUUUGAUGGAAUAUUUAUAUGAACAUUUGGCAACCUUGAACUUCACAAAUGAGCAAUGGUUAGAGUUGAUAUCGAUCAAGUUUGUGCCGGUAGACACAGAUCUGGAAAGUCCAUUGAAAGAAACUGCAGUUAGAACAACAGAGUUUGAAUCGAUAAAUUCUAUGUAUUAUCAAGAAUAUAAACUUCUUUGUUGGACACAGUGCCCAUUAUUUUCAAAGUCGGUAGAUCCCCCAAAUGCAUUUAAAAGCAGAUUUCCCAAUUUAUGUCGUCCUACAUUGGAUAAGAUUCUUGACAAUUUAUAUUAUGUUGCUCUAGAUAUAUCUCAAGCGGAAAAGGAUUCAUGGAAAUCACCAGAAGGAGUUCAAUUAAUUUUAGACAUUUUAAAUAAAACAUACAAGACAUUAGAAGAUUGGAUUAAGAAUCAAAUUUACGAAAAUGUAAAUGUUCAAAGUCUUGAUAACAGAAUAAUAUCACGUUUACGAACAAAUGCAAGAAUAUUUUUGAAUGGUAAUGACCCUUUUAUCCCUGAAGAUUGGGUAGCAGGGCAAAAUCUUGUAUUCGGUGCCCAUGAAGACGUUAGAACUGCCGCUUCUGAAUAUUUUGAAACAUUAUUCGAUGGAAAGAUGAUGGAAGCUGCAGAACAUCAAAAAGUAACUGUUGAUAUCGACGAUAUCGAUCCUUCAGCAUUCCGUGUUCUGAUUCGUUGGUUAUAUGGGCAAGAACUUGAAGAAGCAAUUUCAGCAGUUUUUAAAGAUUCUAAAUGUUCUGACGUGUUUCUAGUUGAUUUGCUUAGAGCCUCAGAUAAAUAUCGAAUUGAUCCACUCAAAGGCCAGGUUGAAGUAAAAAUAAUACAAGAUUCUUAUGUUAAUAUUGAUAAUGCACACUGA